AUGGAUGGCCGGAAAUUUAGAGAGGCUCCAUUCUAUCAAAUCGUUUGCUGUCUAACGAUCACCGAUUGUUUACAUCUUCUUCUCCAAUGGCUCAUCGUUUAUCCAAGCCUUUUCGGCCUUGUCCCAGAAGGAUCUUUCCUCGAUUGGCUACAAAAUUCUAUUGUCGGUCAGAAUGGACUCGAUUUCACCGAUCAGGCUCUUUUCGUUUUUGUCACUUUGAUCACUCUCAAUCGUUUUGCGGUUUUCAUCGCACAACCAUUGCUCGUUUUAUUCACAAAAAGAACAACCCCAAUCACAAUUCUUGUCUCACUUCUCCCUUUGAUUCUACUCUGUUUUUUCGUGAAAAGGCGCAAAGUGGAAAGCAUUUUGAUGAGACGCAAA